AUGUGGCCAUUGGCAGUGAAUCUGUCGUGUCUCUUUGGUGGGUUCAAUGGCGCGCUGUGUGACCUGCUGAGACAUCUGCAUAGACUUAGCACGGGUGUACUGAUUGCUCCCGGUGUCAGGGAUCGACGACAGACAAAAUUACGGUGGCAGAAUACCGAGGUCAACGAUGAAAUCACCGCCUUGAACUUCCACCCAUCCAGAGAUAACCUGCUACUGAGUGGGGCCGACGAUGGUGUGGUCUGCAUCUUCGACACGGAAGUUCAAGAGGAACAAGAUAGCCUGCUCCAAGCUGUCAACCAUGGUCCGAUCCACAAGGCAGGUUUCCUGGGCUCCACAGAUCUCUACGCCUUGAGCUCCGACCAGAAUCUUGCGUUGCACCCUCUCACCGUGGACGACGUCGACGUGGAGGCAGAUGAGACGCCAGCGCCAGAGCAGCUUGGGGAUCUCAGACCAGCUGUUCCCUGCGAGUAUGUCAUUGAUAUUCUCCAAAGCGGGCAGGACCACGUAGUCGCGUGUGGCUCUCACAGUUACUCUCGCGUAGAUUUGGUCAAACUCGAUCGUGGAACCGGCCUCAGGCUUGACCGGCGCAUCGUGCUUGAAGGCGCCCACGGGGAGGAGAUCGUUCGAUCGGUCUACGUGGACGACGAGAAUGGCACGAUUUUUACAGCGGGUGAGGAUGGACGGGUCGCUGCCUUCCGUCCCGGCGACAGUGCGCCGCCUGUGACCCCUGCCAAAGCCAAGGCCAAAAAAGCAUCAGAUGCAAGAUACAAACCUUAUUGA